AUGGAUGAUUCAAUGAUUAAUUCAAUUUUAUUACCAUCAUCGGUUCAUCUUGAAAAUCUUGAAAAAUUAAUUAAAAAUCUCGAAAAACAAACAUUCAAUAUCGAUAAUUUUGAAAAAAAUAUAUUAAAUAAUGAUAAUAAACAAGAAAUAAUUACUAAAUCAUAUUCAUCUCUUUCGUCAAGUACAAUACCUAUGGCUGAUAUAUCAAAUGAAAAUUUUCUUAUUAAAAGUAUCACACUUACAAAUGAUGUUACAAUAGCUGAUCAUAAUCAUGAAAGUUUUUCUAUGGAUAGUCUUUCAACUCAACGUGAUUUAUUUAGUAAUGAUGAUUUUAAAAAAGAAAAAAUAUCAAUAAUUAAUGAUCAAAGUUUAUGUAAUGAUCAAGAUAGUGGAUUUACAUGGGAUGAUCAAUAUGAUACACAAACAAAUUAUUGUAGAACUUUUAAUAUUGAUAAAUUAGAAGAAAUUGAUUUAAAAUCAGAAAAAUCUUUUCAAUAUGAACAUCAAACAAUUAAUCAAAAACCUAAUUCUACAUAUUCUGAUGAUAAUAUACUUUCAAAUGUUAUGAAUACUAUGAAUGAUUGGUCUAUGAAAUCAGAUUUAAAUAAUUUUGAACAGUCAAUUAAUCAAUCACAACAGAUUCAUUGUCAAUUUAAUCUUUCUUCAUCAUUAUAUGAACAAAAAAAUUCAAAUAAUAAUAAUUCAUCGGGAUCAUCAACAUCAUGGCGUCAAAUGAAACAAAAUCAACAAACACCAACAGAAAUCAAAACACGAGAAACUCGACCACUUUCACCAAUAAAUCUUUAUAAAAUUUUUCAACAAAAAUCUAAUACAAUUACACCAUCAUCUCGAAAUAUUUUUCAAUUAUGUCAAUCACAAAAUGAUUCUAUUUCUUCAAAUCUUAUCAAUAAAACAAUAAUAGAAAAAUCAAAACGAUCACAAAGUCAUUCAACUACAGAUCAAGCUAUACAAACAUCUAUUCUAGCUGAUUCUUCAACGAACAGUCAAUGUCAAACAGUAGCAAGCAUAGGAUCUAAAUCUAAAUCAUAUGAUAAUCUUACUUUACCAUUUUCAAUUCCAUCAUCUUCUAUUCAUAAAUCUUUACCUGAUCUUUCUUUUAUUUCACAAUAUUCAAAAGAAUUACCUCGAUCUUAUACAGCAUCACUUUUACCACGAACAUCGUCAUUAUCUAUUAAUUUUAUUCGUACAACAUCAUCUCCAACAUUAAUUCAACAACAAAAACAUGAUUCAGAUCGACCUCGUACACUUAAAUCAAUUAAACGUUAUAAAAAUAGUAAACAUUCUACUGAACCUAUAGGUGUUUUUUAUAGUCCACAAUUACGUAAAACUUUUGCUGCUGUACCGACAUCAGCAGUUAUUAAUGGAUCGAAUACAUCAGCAACAGUAAUCAAGAUGAAAUUACCAUCAUCUUCAUCACUUCAAUCAGAACAGCAACAAACAGUGAAUCUCAAAUCUUGUCUGAAAUAUCAAUCGAGAGCUAAUUCUUGCGAUAUUCAAUCUACAUUACACGAUAAAAAAUCACCGAUAUUAUCAUGUUCUAUUCCUCGAUUAACUAAUAACAAAGAUAUAAAUUUUCCUUCAUUAAAUCAUCAUUGUUCAAAAAUUGAUACAUUUAAAUCUUCUGAUGUUGUUUAUUCAUCAAAUAGCUGUUCGAAUAAUUUCAAUAUUUAUCAACAAGAAAAUUCAUCUCGUGAACAUCAUUCUGAAUAUGAUCUAUUAUUAUUAAUCGAACAAAAAAAUCAAACAAAAAAAAGUGUUAGUUUUUCUGAAAAUAUUUCUAAACAUCUUAGAUCAUCUUGUAAUCCAACAAUUAUAUUUGAUGAAAAUAAAGAAAGAUUAACGAAAAGAACAAUGAUACGCCAUGAUGAAAUGCGUCGAUGUCAAACUGACAUUAUUCAUAUUGAUCCUGUUCUUCAUCUACAUUCGCUUACUGAUAGUCCACCAAAUGAAUUUUGUUUACAACAAGAUGAAGAUGAUAAAAUUUUAAUGGAAAAUUCUCAUAUUAAUAUUAUUUCAAAUCUUGAUGAAGUAGAAUCAAUAAAUACGAAUGUUUCAUCUUCUCCUCUUAAUUCAUCAAAGAUUCAUUCUAUCGAAAAAGAAACUAUUUCAUCGAAUCAAUCAUUAAUUUCGAAGAAUACAUCAAUACUUGAUGAUCUUUUAGAAAGAAUCAUUGAUAUAAUAAAACGUUUAUUUGAAAUAAAACAAUCAGAUAAAUCAUUCUUUCUCAAUAAUGAAAAUAAUUUACAAUUAGAUUCUUUACUUAAAAAUGAUUUUUGUACAGCUAUUCAAAAUAUUCUUGAACAUGGUCGAAAAGAUUUUAAAAAAAUAACUCUAUGGAAAAUUAUUGAACUAUCAAUUAGUCCAAAUAGUUCAUCUUCAUUUUCUUCAAGACAAGUUCCAGAAGUUUAUUAUGAAGCUAAACAAAUUGCACAUAAUAUUUCAUCGCAUUGGUUAUAUAGAUUUCAAGCAUUUAUCUUCGUAUUAUUAAAUAAAAAUGAAUUAAUUAAUUGGCUUUAUUAUUUUACAAGACAAAAAGAUAUUAUACAAUAUUAUUAUCAAUCACCUGAUGCUUUAAUUCUUGUUUCAAUACCAUCAACAUUUAAUCUAUUCGAACGAAUAAUGACUCAAUUAGAAAAAUUAACACCAAUUGCAUUUCAAUUAACAUAUCAUAUACCAAAUGAUGCUUUUAAAAAUGAUGAUCAAUUAAAUACAUCUAUGAUUAGUAUGCAUUCAACAAAAACAACUGCACGUAAUUGGCUUAUGUCAAUAUCACGACGAACUUCAAGAAAUCUUACACAAUCAAUUAUUCAAGAUAAUUCAAAUGAUACAUUACGUUCAACAUUAUCAAAAAAAUUUAAUUCAUUUUUUACUCGAACAAAUACACAACAAGCUCAACAACAAAAAAAACCAACAUCAGUAGUUACAACAAAAUUACCAGAAUCUAAACAACAAAUUAUAUCAACAGAACAAUCACGUCGACCACAUAUAGCUAGUAUAUUUAAUAAUUCAUUUACAACAAAUAAACCAAGUAUUGUACCAAAUGAGAAAUUAAAUGAUUCAAUAGUACGAAAUGUAUCAUCAUCUACUUCAUCUAUGGGAAUGAUUGCAACAUUUCAAUCAAAAAUUUCACGUCCAUCAUUAAAUAUUGAUACGCCUAAAUCAACUCGAUAUCAUACCACAAUACCAUUGUCGAAAUAA